AACCAAAUCUGCUGGGGAAUGCAACCUCCUCUCCUCUCAUCCUGUUCAUGAAGUUGGAUCUGUGAUGCCUGCCGUCCUUCGCCUUUCUCUGUAGAAACUUGUAGCCCGCCACUGCUUCUCACAGACACAUCAUGCAGCUAAAACCAGAAAUCCCUGUUGAAGCUUCUGCAGACAUGGGUCGUAAAGAGGCCGACUAUGUGUGGAAAAAGGACACGGAGAACAUACAGGAGAUUUUUGACUUCAUGGAGGAGCUGGGAUCAGGGGCAUUCUCUGAGGUUUACAUGGUGAAGGAGAGGAAGACAGGCAAGACAUUUGCCAUGAAGUGUGUGAAGAAGAAACAGAAGAGGGACCUCAAUCUGGAGAAUGAGAUUGCUGUGUUGCGAAAGAUCAGUCACGAGAACGUUGUGGGGAUGGAAGAUUUCUAUGAGAGUCGGACCCAUUACUAUCUAGUCAUGCAGCUCGUUUCAGGCGGUGAGCUGUUUGACCGGAUACUGGACCGGGGGAUGUACUCAGAGAAGGACGCUAGCAGGGUGAUCCAGCAAGUGCUGCAGGGUGUCCACUACCUGCAUCAAAACGGCAUCGUACAUCGUGACCUCAAGCCAGAGAACCUCCUGUACUACAGCCAGGACGAGAACGCCAAGAUUAUGAUCAGUGAUUUUGGCCUCUCCAAGAUGGUAGACAACGGCAUCAUGUCAACAGCCUGUGGCACUCCAGGAUAUGUGGCCCCUGAAGUUUUGGCACAGAAACCCUACAGCAAGGCAGUAGAUUGCUGGUCUAUUGGAGUUAUCACCUACAUACUACUCUGUGGAUAUCCCCCUUUUUAUGAGGAAACUGAGACACGACUUUUCUCCAAGAUCAUGAAGGCUCAGUAUGAAUUUGAUUCUCCCUUCUGGGAUGACAUCUCUGAAUCUGCUAAAGACUUCAUUCGUAACAUGAUGCAGAAGAAUCCCAACAUGCGUUACACCACCGAGCAAGCGCUCCGGCAUCCCUGGAUUAUCGGAAAGACGGCACGGAGCCAGGACAUCUACUAUUCCGUCAGCGUUCAGAUCCAGAAGAACUUUGCCAAAAGCAAAUGGAAGCAAGCCUUCAACGCCGCUAUAGCCAUCAACCACAUGAAGAAACUGCAGCUGGCCCACUCCGAGCUGACACUCAGGCAGACCAACAUCCCAGACAUCACGGUCGUCGACGUGUCCUCCCCGACCAAACACCGCAAGUGUCUGGAACUGGACAAGCUUGACCCCGAGGUCAACGGGAACUUACCUGUGGUUAAUCACAUGUCCCUUCCCGCGAGUCCGAUCGAACUGAAAAACCACUGCCACCCACUGAAGGCCAGACAGAGUGAGAUGCACCACGCGCCCACCAUAGCCGAGCAGGGCAAGCACGCCUACCACUCAGAGCCGUCCAACCUUAACGGGUACGGUAAAAGCCUCACUGGCAAGGUCGUGCAGACUGGAGUAUGUGCUGUCAUGUGAGGACUUGGUGGAGCUUACAUGGAAAAAGUAUUUUCUUGGUCAGUGUAGUUGUGCUGACUCAGCGUGCAGCUGGUUCGUAUCAACAGCCCCCCCCUUCUCUCCACCAACUCCCGGGACUGACAAUGAAAAGUGGUUCACCCUCUGACUGACCCCAGUGGUCUUGCAGGGUCCAGAGUUUGUGGGAUCUUUUUUUAUUUUUAUUUUUAUUGUUUUUUGGAAAGAGUGCCUAUUGAAUCAGCCGGCGCAGGGCAGCCACAAAGAUGGACACUUUCACACACACACACACACACACACACACACACACACACACACACACACACACACACAGUCCAGCACAUUAACACUCAGAUGCACAGUGUAGACUUCAGGGUAGUUUCCACACAGUAUUCAAGGAAUUGUCUCUCACCGCAGGGGAUAUUAUGCUCUCACUUGACGCUGGGCUCUACUUGAAUGUUAAUCCCGUACGUGGUGAAGCAGCCCCCGACCUCUGAUGUAAUGAAAGCUUUGUAUCAUAAUUCUUUUUUUGUUUUUGUUUUUGUUUUUUGAUCAGAAAGGGUUCAUUUCCAUUACUUACUCCAUGUUUAUUAGCACUGUUUAUCAUAACUGUGGUUACAUCUUUAAGGAAACUCACUCCAGCGCAUAAUGCAAUAAGACAAGUUUCAUUUCAUUCAGUUUCGUUUCAUCAUUUGUUGUUGUGUGUUGAUGUAUUAUUUCAUAGAGCACCUGCAUAUUUAAGCACAAUAGAAGCUUUGGCGAAACAUGCAUGCGUUCUUGCUUAAAUCCUGUCCUACAGCUGUAAUGAAUUCUGGUAAAAACUGCCUAAUGCUGUAUGUAAAUUGUCUCUUAUUUUUGUCAUCUUUCUUCUGUUAUGAUUGUAUAAUAUAUUUUUUUUUCUAAAGUAUUUGUCACUUUUUCUAAAAAAUAAUAAUAAAAAAAACAUAGAAAAAAUACUGGCAAGAGAUUUAGAAGCUAACUAAAAUUUAACUGCACAUUUGCACUGAUUAAAUGGUUAACCGGUGUAAAUACUACAAGCACAUCCAGAUCUUGCCAAUUCGUACCUUCGUACCUAUGAGAAUAUAAUUGUCCCACAAAUGUGUCCUGCAAAAGCAAUUUUGAGGUUUUUAAUAGCUGCGUGGAGUUUGUCCCUCCACCAGGAUGGUAUGUUCUGUGCACUUUGCUUUUUGUUCUCCAAGCUGUAUGUGGCUUUGUAUUCAUGCGUUCAGCAGAUCUAGUCCAUGUGUAAUAGGGGCUUUCCCUGUAUGCUCAUCAAUAAAAGCUUGUGUACAGGAUC